AUGACUCAUUUCACCGUUUCGUGCCUCCUCGUGGCACUAUUCUUAUGUCAGUCCUUGGUCCAUGCCGCAUAUAACGGUUAUUACGGGUAUAGCCCCGCGGCUGCACCCUACCCCGCCGAAGAACCUCAGAACAUCAUGAAUCCGGUGGACUCCUGUUGGCGGCUCAAGUCUGACUGGGAUGUCAAUCGUGAAGACCUAGCAGAUUGCGCGGUUGGGUUUGGUUCAUCUACCUUGGGUGGCAAGAAAGGUAAUAUAUAUGUUGUCACAAACCCUUACGACAAUGCACAAAACCCCCACCCAGGUUCUUUGCGGUACGGCGUGAUCCAAGCCAAGCCAUUGUGGAUUACUUUCGCUAAGGAUAUGGUCAUAACCCUAGCGAAUGAGCUCAUGGUCAAUAGCUAUAAGACCAUAGAUGGGCGAGGGGCAAAAGUAGAAAUUGCAUACGGACCAUGCAUCACGAUACAAGACGUGACGAACGUCAUUGUGCAUGGGAUCAGUAUCCACGACUGCAAACCAGGGAAAUCUGGAAAGGUGAGGAGCAGCCCGACGCAUGUCGGUCACCGUAAGGGAUCGGACGGUGAUGCCAUCACUAUUUUUGGUUCGUCGAAUGUUUGGAUCGAUCAUUGUUACCUAGCGAGUUGUACGGACGGACUCAUCGAUGUAAUCCAUGCUUCCACGGCAAUCACUAUUUCCAACAACUAUUUCACUCAGCAUGACAAAGUGAUGUUGCUCGGACACAACGAUAAUUUUGUGAAAGAUGUGAAAAUGAAAGUGACCGUGGCAUUCAAUCAUUUUGGACCAGGACUUGUGGAGAGAAUGCCAAGGGUAAGACGAGGCUACGCUCAUGUGGCAAACAAUAGAUACGAUAAAUGGAUAAUGUAUGCAAUUGGUGGUAGCGCCGAUCCCACCAUUUUCAGUGAAGGCAACUAUUUCAUUGCUUCUGAUAAAUCUUACAGCAAAGAGGUGACGAAGAGAGAAGUAAAAGGAGGAUGGAACAAUUGGAGAUGGAGAACCUCAAACGAUGUUUUCAAGAACGGAGCUUUCUUCGUACCUUCUGGUUAUGGCAGCAUUCCGCUACCGUACAGUUCUGCUCAGCGAUUCACAGUCGCUCCCGGAAACUUGGUUCCUUCUUUAACCGCAGACGCUGGCCCUCUAAACUGCAACCGCAACGGUCCUUGUUAUUAG